AUGAUUAUUCUUAUGAUUUCAAUUAAUUUACCAUCUUGGAAUCUUGUUGGUAGUGGUAUAGCUGAUAUUAUUAUUGAAAUAUUAAUUGGAAUUGAAACUAAUUCUGUUAGAAUAUUUUCAGAAAUAAUAACAUUUGGCACUAGUAUUGAAGAUUUAUAUCUUGAAAAAAUUAUAUUAUUAAUUAUUAUAAAUUUAGCAGAAGUUAAUGCUUGCUUAAUAGAAAAAGAAAAACUAAUGCAAAUUAUACUUCAAAUUAUUAAUCCAAAUAUUAAAAAAAAAAAAAUCAAAUGGAAUCCAUCUCAAUUUUGGGAUAUAUGGAUAUAUGCUAUAAAUGCUUUAUCUAUAUUAGUACCAAAAAUGUCAAAACAAUUUGUGGAUUAUAAUGGUGGUAUUAGAUUGUGCAUGAUACUAGAAUGGUGUUUAGACAUAAAAUUUGAUAUUAAAAUAACUAGAUCAACGGUAAUAUGUAUUUAUAACAGUAACAUUGAAAAGUUCAAGUAUUAUUACAUAAAAAAUUUUAUUAGUCUUUUGCUAGCAAUAGGUUCAUACAUCUGGGAGUGUAUAGUAUGGUGUCCUGAAAAUCUUGAAAAAUUUAUUGAUUAUGGAGGAAUAUACAUUAUCCUUGAUAUUAUAGAAAUUGUUCCAUAUUGUUCUCAUUGUUUAUUUCUUGCUCUUUUUACUGACAUUUGUGAUAAUUUUUUUUGUGGACCAUUUAUAUGUACAUGGAGAGGUAUUAAUAAAGAAAAAGGAUUAAUGUCUUUGCUAGCAAAAAUAUGGAGAGAAGAAGAAAUAAGAAUUAAAAUUAAAAAAAAUGUGAAUGAUGAGGAAUUGAUUCACAUAAAUCAAAAACAAUUUGAUGCUUAUUUCACAAAAUUAAUUAAAGAUAGUAGUCCAGCAAUAAUUGAUAUGAUUGGUUCAGUUAGAUCAAAAAUAUAUAGUAUUUACAAGAUAAUAGAAAGAGAUAAUGAACGAUAUUUAAUGGCCAAGGAGCAUUAUAAAAUAUUAAAUAAUAAUCUUUCAUUAGAAGAUAAAAUUACAAUGUCUACCAUAAAUAUGUAUUUUGCAUUGAAAUUAGGUCAAGUAUGGGUAGAGAUUGCUAAAUUUUUUGAACAAAGUGGUAUUACUCCUCUUGGUAUGGAUGGUCAAGCAAUUUUUUUGAUAACUCAACGUUAUUAUAUGUGGACUGAAAUGACAAAAGAAAGACAAAUGAGAAUAUUACAGUCUAUAGACAAACAAAAAGAUAUGGAAGAGAAAGAUGAAUAUGCAAGAAUUCGCAAUUCUAAGCUAAUUAUAGCAUUAAAUGCAUUGGAUGAAUUAGAUUAUAUUUAUAGAACAACAAAGAGAUCAAAUAUGUUGAAGAAAAAACAUGAACAAAUAAAACAAGUUAAUUUAGCUUUAAAAUUUCCAGAAGAUUCAGAUGAUGCACAUUGUCAUAGAACAUUCCAAGAUAAAAUCAUGGUUACGGAUAUAUUUAAUCAGCAUCAAAUAAUAAGCAGUGGUUUGAAAUUAAAUACAAAUUUAAGUCAAAUGAAAUUGAAACUUAUUCCUAUUUCUCCUUAUGAUAGUUAUAUUUCUGAUAAAACAUAUUCUGAAUUUUCUUCUUCAUCAAGUACCUAUUUUUCUAAUAUAAAAAAAUUUAAAGAAGAUGAAUAA